AUGUCAACACAUCACCGCCGCCUGAUCGAAAAACUUGGAGCAAACAAUAAAAAUCCACUUUGGAAUGAAGGAUCACAUAAAUAUAAUUUUACAUACAAGCUUCCAAAAGGCAUCCCAUCCUCAUUUGAGUCUCCUGAUGGCCAUAUGAGGUACAAAAUUUGUGCCUUUGUUGAUGCUGCCGAGACACAGAACCAAAACUUGACAGAUAUGAGAUUCUUUUGUGUCAACAGUGUUUUGAAUUUAAAUGGAAUCAACAAAAUAUCGAGCCCAAAAACUGUUUUCAAACAUGACGAACUGUCUUGUUUAUGUAUACGUUUUCGAACUGUUUCUGUGGUUCUUAGUCUAAUGAAAAGAGGCUUUGUGCCUGGAGAAAAUAUUGUAAUAAAUGCAGUUAUUUAUAAUGGAACUAGCAGUGUAAUUCCACGUGUUGAAGCUAAACUGGUACAGAGAGUGAAAUACAAUUUCAAGAAUUAUUCAAGUGAACUGAAGGGCACAGUAGCAGAAAUUGUUAGAGGGCCAGUUAUGCCCUGUGAAUCCCAAAUAUGGCGAAAUGAGAAACUUCUUAUUCCACCAGUUGUAACUUCUCAGUUGCUGAGUGGGAACCUCAUUAAUGUCGAUUACAAGAUGUGUUUCACAGCAGUCCAAGUGUCUCAAGUGGAAAAUGUUGCUAUAAAGAUUCCUGUCAUUAUUGGAAAUGUUCCUUUGCUGAAUGAUGCAAAAUCCUUUGAUACAGGAUCAGGUGAUCCGCCUAUGGCUGUUCAUAGUUUGCGUAAGUAA